UGUUUUUGCUGGCCAAAGGCCAGUAUGCAAUGCCGUACUUUAGGACUUACCAUUCUUGUUGCAUUUAGCCCCAGUAUAUAUAUAGCCAAAUUUUACCAACCACAGGAAGCCAGAGCCAGAGCCGGAGAGGGUCUGAGAAAGGAUCACUCUGACGCUCAUUUCCUGGAAGAACUAGGGUUAGGGUUCCAGAUUUUGCAGUGUGGAGAAGCAUCAGUAAUCGAAAAUGCUCAACGCUGAUUCUUCUUUGGCAUCUGUCACUUACCUCACGACCGAGCAAAUUCAAAAGUAUUUGGAGGAAAAUAAGCAGCUGAUUCUGACUAUAAUGGAGGGCCAGAAUAUGGGAAAGUCUGGUGAGGUUGCCCAAUAUCAAGCCAAGCUUCAGCAGAACUUGACUUUUCUUGCCAAACUUGCUGAUGCUCAACCUCAAGCGCCUGUACUCCCUCAGGAUAACUUCAUGAUAAAACUUUACCCAAUUCUAAUCCAUUUCAAACUGCAACUUUUGCUCACUUCCAAGAAAACUGUGCCGCUGUCAUCCCAGGUUGUUAUGCAACAAGGGCAAGGCAGCCAGCAACCUCACAUAGCAAUGUCUCAGCAACAACCAGAUGUUCCUAUGUUGCCUUUCGAUAUGAAAGAUCAACAGCAACAUCAUCCCACAAUAUCUCUGCAACAACCAGACCUUUCAACUUCAAAAUUGCCUUUCCAGAUGAAUGAUCAGCAGCAGCAACUUAAGCAGCCAGCAUUCUUCCAGCAACAGCAGCUCCUCCAAGGGCAGGUGAAUAGGUUUCCUGGCGCCAACAGUGGCAGUAACCAGAGCCCCCAAACUAGACUUGGUAUCAAUCUCUCAGGUAAGCAAGAAAUCAACCAACAUGGCUUAGAUGCUAGUUCCAGUGGGUCUCUCGGUAAGUCACCGCUUGGUCGUAACAAUGGAAAUACAUGACCUUUUAACUGUUAAAAUGAUUGCUAGCCUGACUCAAGUGAUCAACAGUUUCUUCAUAUUUUUGGUCAUUCCAAUCCAGUGUUAUUCGGCUUAUAUCCACAAGUCCUUACAAAUGGUGCUUCAGUAUUCCCUUUGUCACUGAAUUGCAAAACGCAUCCUGACCAAUUACAAAUUCUAAUUCAUGGGAUUUUUCAACCGUUUUAUUUUU